GGCGUUUCUGUGGUCUGUGUUGACAUGAAUUUAUCCCAUCGGGAAAACUCGGGACGUAUCGCGAUACUGGAGGCGAAGGGGAGCCACGGUACAGUGUUGGUUUGAACGGAGCAUUUAACGGAUUUCAGCGACAGCAGAAUGUCCUCCUGGCGGGUCCUCUGCCUUGCGGCUCUCGCCUUCUUUCAGAGCUCCACGUCGGCCGAGAAGCGGAGGCUGUCUCCAGAAAACCUGCUAGUGAUCACCGCGGCAACCGAGGAGACGGACGGAUUCCAGCGCUUCAUGAGGACGGCGAGAGAAUUUAACUAUACGGUGAAGGUGUUGGGUCUGGGGGAGGACUGGAAGGGAGGAGACGUUGCUCGGACGGUGGGUGGAGGUCAGAAGGUCCGAUGGCUGAAGAAGGAGCUGCUCAAACACUCAGACAACAAGGACCUGGUCGUCAUGUUCGUGGACAGUUACGAUGUGAUCUUUGCGUCCGGACCCGAGGAGCUGCUCUCCAAGUUCUCCCGACUUGGUCACCGGGUGGUUUUCUCAGCUGAAGGUUUCUGCUGGCCCGACCAGCGCCUGGCCUCCAAAUACCCCGAGGUGCAUUCUGGGAAACGCUACCUGAACUCCGGAGGGUUCAUCGGGUUCGCUGCAGACCUCAGCGCCAUCGUCCAGCAAUGGAAGUACAAAGACAAUGACGACGACCAGCUGUUCUACACCAGGAUCUACCUGGACAAGACGCAGAGGACCAAGUUCAACAUGACUCUGGAUCAUCGCUCCAGAAUCUUCCAGAACCUGAAUGGAGCUGUUGAUGAGGUGGUCCUGAAGUUUGAGCGGGCGAAGGUCCGAGCCAGGAACGUGGCCUACGACACGCUGCCCGUCAUCAUCCACGGCAACGGACCCACCAAGCUGCAGCUGAACUACCUGGGAAACUACGUCCCCACGGCCUGGACCUACGAGAACGGCUGUGGGAUCUGCGAUGACGACCUGCUGUUCUUCACCGACGUACCUGACGAGGAGCUGCCGCUGGUGUACGUGGCCGUCUUCAUCGAACACGCCACGCCCUUCAUGGAGGAGUUCCUGGACCGGCUGACCACGCUGAACUACCCCACCGACAGGAUCCGCCUCUUCGUCCACAACAACGUGGUGUACCACGAGCGACACAUCCAGAAGUUCUGGGAGCGAUACCGGGCCCUGUUUCCCAACGCCCUGCUGGUCGGACCGGAGGAGGACCUGAAGGAGGACAAGGCCAGAACCAUGGCUGUCGAGGCCUGUAAGAAGGAUCCAGAAUGCGACUACUACUUCAGCAUCGACUCUGAUGUGGCUUUAACGAACCCCGACACUCUGAGGAUCCUGAUCGAGGAGAACAGGUCAGUGAUUGCACCAAUGCUGUCCAAACAUGGGAAGCUGUGGAGCAACUUCUGGGGAGCUCUGAGUCCUGAAGGGUUUUACUCCAGAUCUGAGGACUACAUUGAGAUCGUGCAGGGCAAGAGGAUCGGUCUGUGGAACGUGCCCUACAUCACUCAAGCUUACCUGAUCAAAGGCAGCAUGCUGCGAUCCAAACUGUCCCAGGUGAGCCUGUACGUGGAUGAUGGAAUGGACCCAGACAUGGUGUUCUGCCGGAGCAUCCGAGACCAGGGCGUCUUCAUGUUUGUGUCCAAUCGGGACGAGUUUGGCCGUUUGGUGGCGUCGGCCAACUUCAACACGUCCAGGCUGCACCCGGACAUGUGGCAGAUCUUUGACAACCCCAUGGACUGGAAGGAGAAGUACAUCCACGAGAACUACUCCAAGAUCUUCGAGGACGAGGAGAGCUUCGUGGAGCAGCCCUGUCCAGAUGUUUACUGGUUUCCAGCUUUCUCAGAGAAGAUGUGCGACCAUCUGGUGGAGACCAUGGAGGACUAUGGCGAGUGGUCCGGAGGAUCGCACAAGGACGAGCGACUGGCCGGCGGUUAUGAAAACGUCCCGACUGUGGACAUCCAUAUGAACCAGAUCGGCUUUGAGAAGGAGUGGCUCAAAUUCCUCAAAGAGUACAUCGCUCCAGUCACCGAAAAACUCUAUCCAGGAUAUUACCCCAAGGCUCAGGCCAUCAUGAACUUUGUGGUGCGUUACCGUCCUGAUGAGCAGCCGUCUCUGCGGCCGCAUCAUGACUCCUCCACCUUCACCAUCAACAUCGCCUUGAACGAUAAAGGCGUCGACUACGAGGGCGGAGGCUGUAGGUUCCUGAGGUACGACUGCAAGGUGGAGUCUCCCAGAAAGGGCUGGUCCUUCAUGCACCCCGGCCGGCUGACACACUAUCACGAAGGGCUACCCACCACCAGGGGGACCAGAUACAUCAUGGUAUCUUUCGUGGACCCCUAACAACCCCCUAAUCUGUGUGUGAGUGUGAGAGAGUGUGUGUGAGAGAACAUCAACCAACCUCAUCAUCACAGACAGAAACAGAUGUGAUGACCCUGAACGCAUCGCCUUGUUUUAAAUCAUUUCAACAUGUCUGACCCAUUUCUGUCUCCGCAGCCACCGGACCUGUUGUUGUUGUUGAUAUUUCACAGUAAGAAUCAACCUAUUUUUAUUCAGAACAAGCAGUAGCGCCACCACACAGCAGAUGAUGUGGUCCUGCCAAGCAUUUCAAAAUAAGAGCCUCUCAUAGAGGUUGCAAUCAGUCGUCACCAUGCUGCCUUAAUUUGAUGCCUGAUUCUAUGCAAGAACACACUCCGUGAUUGUUUGUUUGUGUCCGUCUGUGUGUGCUGGUGCUGUCCAUUCAACUAUACAAACAGCAGGGGGCGCUGCUCCUGCAGGUAACAGCAUGUGUCUGCAGUUUCAGGACCUUUGUCUUUUUGCAUCAGCUCAGCCUACUGAAUUUGACUAAACUUCGCUAAAAUCCUCCAAAAUUACAACCAGAAUACAGGGGUCCUCGGCUUACGUCAAAAUUCUAUUUCCUACGCCGCUACGUAACUCAGUUUCGCCGUAAGUCGGAACUCGCACGCUGUAACGAAUGUGGCCUACAACCGGUGAAUGUAAACAAAGCCGUCUUCCUCGUAUAGCGCUGCGUGACAAAGUAUUUGUUUGCUCCACUUGCCAGCUAGUUCCUGCGCAGAAUUUGUUUUAACGUUGCAAACGCCGUAUGUCGGAAUGAUGGAACAAGACUUUCUUCACAAAUUUAUGGGAGAUGGUAACGUAGCCAUGAAACGCCGUAGGUCGAGGACGUCGUAAACUGAGGACCUGCUGUACUACGUUAUGUCCUGCAGUUGAACUUGUUCAGCAGAUUGUGUAAUUUAGAAUAACAAGGUCGUUGGAUAGUUGAAAAGUCAUCGUUAGCUUGGGGAGGGGUCACGUCUUGCUGCUCUCUUUUCUGGCCAGAAAUGUGGCCCUUCCUGCAGCAGGUGCUUCUUCUUUAUGGUACGUGUCAACAGGAUCCGUCAAUUUCUCGCAUCCCAUUCAUUGUCUACAUGAAACGCACCGCGUUGAAUGCUGGUUCUGUUGCGGUGCGUUUGGAGGUCCAAAUCAAUGUGAAACUUUCGUGACACUAUUGCCGUUUAACUAAAACAAAGACAGAUUCAGCAGAUUAUUAAUGCUUUCAGAAAUACUUUUUGCUGAACUGUUUUCGGAAUAAAAGAGAAAGUUUGUGAUCGAGACACCAUGUCAGUCCGAUGCUUCUAACGAACUGAAGCUCAAAAUGCUGUCUUGUGACCAGCUAGUGAUCCGCUCACCAAGCUGAUAAUUUUCAGAUGUGUUUACAUCCGAGAAAAAUGGGUCCUGUGGACAUGUAUCAUAAUAUGCUGGAUGUUAAUGUGCCAGACACUGUGUUGGAUGCUAACAUGUUGGAUGCUCACGUGCCAGACGCUAACAUGUGGUACGCUAUAAUGUGAGAUGCUAACGUGUUCGAUGCUAACAUGCUAGAUGUUACUGUGCCAUACGCAAAUGUGCUGGAUGCUAACAUGUCAUUGCUAACGUGCCAGAGACUAACAUAUCUUACACUAACGUGUCAUUGUUUUAUCAGACACUAAUUUGUCAGAUGUUAACGUGUCGGAUGCUAACGUGCCAUUGCUAACAUGUCAGAUGCUAAAGUGCUGGACGCUAAUGUGUCAUUGCUAACAUGUCAGAUGCCAGCGUGCUGGAAACUAACAUGUCUUAGGCUAACGUGUCGUCGUUAUCAUACUGGACACUAAUGUGUCAGAUGUUAACGUGUCGGAUGCUAACGCGUCGUCGGUAACAUGUCAGAUGCUAACAUGCCAGACGCUAACAUGCCAGAUGCUAACAUAUCAAAAAUGUGAUCCUUCCUGCAACAAGUGCUGUUCCCUCAGUUAUUUAACUCAGUAGGUGGUGCUGUCGUGAUAAACAAUGUCCUUGAAAUGCGAUGCUGCAGCUGUGGUCCUGGAAAUGCAGCUCCUGCAGGGAGCGCUGCUCUCUGGCACUCCCAGCACACAGCGCCCUCUACAAGAUGCUGUUCUGUGUGACUCUCAGCCAAUCAGAGGGUCUGUUAGAGUUGAAGUCCAUAGAGUGAAUGUGUUGUAAAGAGCAGAACUUUAAAGUCUGAAGACUGAGUUUUCAGGGGGUGAAACUCCACUUUGAGAUCUUUUAAACUGUUACCGGGGAAACGCUAAAGGCCUUUUUAUAUUUCACAUUGUAAUCUUUGUUGUUUAGUUUUUUUAAAAUUUACCUCUUCACGUUUCUUUCGUGGUGCCAAACCAUCGUCUCCUCGCAGGAUUUUUUUUUUUAAAAGUUUGUCUGUGUGGGAAGCAAGGUUUCAACCAACGCCUCCAGGUUUCAGUCCAUACGAGGAAUCAGCUUUGUACAAAUUGCAUUAAAUUAUUGUGUUGAGAUUUUAAUAAAAAACUGAGCUGAAACUGAAA